AUGGCACGUUAUGCACUUCUCGCAGCAGCCCUUUUGGGUUUCACAGUGGCCCAAACCCCAGGAACCACUCCUGAAGUGCACCCCAAGCUCACCACAUGGAAGUGCACCAAGCGUGGAGGAUGCAAGGCGCAGAACACUGCCAUUGUCACAGACUCCGCCGCCCACCCCAUCCACCAGAAGAACAACUCCACCCUGGGCUGUGGAUCCUGGGGUGACGGCCCCGACCCCACAGCGUGCCCUACAAAGGAGGCUUGCGCCAAGAACUGCAUUAUCGAGGGCAUCUCCGACUAUUCGACUGUAGGCGUCUUCACCAAGGGCGCCGACCUCCGCAUGGACAUGUACAACCCUGCUGGCAACUUUGUCAGCCCUAGGGUCUACCUCCUAUCUAAAGACGAGAAGAACUACGAGAUGCUCCAGCUCACUGGUAACGAGCUUACCUUUGACGUUGACAUGUCCAAGUUGCCCUGUGGCAUGAACGGUGCCCUUUACCUUAGCGAGAUGAGGGCCGACGGCGGUCGCUCUAAGCUCAACCCCAAGGGUGCUGCCUACGGUACGGGCUACUGUGACGCGCAGUGCUUCGUGACCCCAUGGAUCAACGGCGAAGGAAACGUCGCAAAGCAAGGUGUCUGCUGCAAUGAAAUGGACAUCUGGGAGGCCAACAGCCGCUCCACCUCGAUCGCACCGCACACAUGCGGCAAGCCAAGCAUCUUUGCCUGCACCGGCGACGAGUGCGGCAAGACAGGUCUCUGCGAUAAGAACGGCUGCGUCGAUAACCCGUACAAGACCCGCGGCGACAAGACCUACUAUGGCCUAGGCCUCAAGGUCGACACGAACCGCCCCUUCACUGUUGUUACGCAGUUCCCUGCUAAGAACGGCGUGCUUCAAGCCAUCGUGCGCAAAUACAUCCAAGAUGGCGUCGUCAUGGACAACGCCGUCAAGAACAUCACCAUGGACCAGGCAUACUGCUCUGCACAGGGCGGCGCGGAAAUGUACAACCAGCUCGGAGGCCACAAGGUCAUGGGUGAUGCCAUGUCCCGCGGCAUGGUGCUCGCCAUGAGCAUCUGGUGGGACGAGGGCGGCGCCAUGCAGUGGCUCGACAGCGGUGCCUCGGGCCCAUGCAACGCCACCGAGGGCUUUCCAGCUGAGAUUGUCAAGAAGGUUAAGAACCCGACUGUGACUUUCAGCAAGAUCAAGUGGGGCGAGAUUGGCUCGACUUUCUCGACAAAGAAGGCGACCGAGAAGCGAUGGGAGGCUUAA